UAAAACAAAUUGAUUCAAACACCUAAAAUUAGCACCGCCGUUCCUCCAAUCGUUUCUCCGCGCGUUCAUUCGUUCGCGGCACAACCACUUUCGCCGUAAGUUUCUCUUUUCUCGCUGCGCCGCCGUUCUCCCCCUUCAUCGCAGAGCUAAUCUUUUUUACGUUGCUGUUCAUUACAAUUCCUCGCCACGACUUGCGUUUUUGCAGCCGCCACACCAUCUUCUCCGUUGUCUUCACAGCUUCUCAGGUCUCUGUCUUCCAUUCCAUCUCACCGGCAUCUCCCGCACGCUCUUAGUUUUUAAAGUUAUCGAAAGAAAUCCUUGACCAAUUGUCAGAGAUGUCUGAGAAAUUCUCGCCGGCGCUUCGGAUAGGAGAUCUCAAUGAUUUCAUUGCACCGUCACAGGCAUGCAUAGUCUCUCUCAAAGGGGCGAAAAAGCCCAAUAAAGUCGAGGUGUCAAUCGCUGACAAACAAGUGAAGUCGGAACCUGUUAAAAUUUCGCUCAAGGAUUGUUUGGCAUGCAGUGGAUGUGUCACAUCAGCAGAGACAGUUUUGCUGGAGAAGCAAGGUUUGGAUGAGUUUCUAUCCAAUAUUAAUCAAGGAAAGGCAGUGAUAGUGUCUGUUUCUCCUCAAUCGAGGGCUUCUAUUGCAGCCCAUUUUGGUGUUUCUCCUAUUCAGGCUUUCAAAAAACUGACAAGAUUUUUCAAAUCUUUGGGAGUGAGGGCUAUUUUUGAUACAAGUUGCAGUAGAGACUUGACCCUAGUCGAAUCUUGUGUGGAAUUCAUCACAAGAUAUAGACAAAAUCAAUUGGUAGAUGAUGAGAGGAGUAAGUCAAGCCUACCCAUGAUUGCAUCUGCAUGCCCAGGUUGGAUAUGCUAUGCUGAAAAGACACUUGGAUCAUUUAUUCUACCUUACAUUUCAACAGUGAAGAGCCCCCAACAAACAAUUGGAACUAUCAUAAAGCGCUAUGUAUGCGAAGAUAUGAAACUCAGGCCAGAAGAAGUAUACCAUGUCACAGUUAUGCCUUGUUAUGAUAAGAAGCUAGAGGCUUCUAGGGAUGACUUUGUUUUUCAAUUAGAGCCCCAUGCUGAAGGGCAUGAAGGCGAAGAAGAUAACUUGAUUUUGGAGGUAGAUUCAGUACUGACAACUGGAGAGAUCUUGGAAUUGAUUCAGUCAAAAGAAGUUGAUUUUAAGAGCAUAGAAGAGGCUCCUUUGGAUAAACUGUUAACAAAUAUUAAUGAAGAAGGACACCUAUACGGGGUCCGUGGAAGCUCUGGAGGUUAUGCAGAAACAAUAUUCCGAUAUGCUGCUAAAACACUUUUUGGAAGACAUAUUGAUGGCCCUUUGAACUUUAGAAACAUUAGAAAUUCAGAUUUUCAGGAAGUUACUUUGGAGGUGGAUGGAGAAACAGUGUUGAAGUUUGCUCUCUGUUAUGGUUUCCGGAAUUUGCAAAACACACGAAAACUUAAAACAGGGAAAUCUGAUUAUCAUUUCCUGGAAAUCAUGGCAUGCCCUUCAGGUUGCUUAAAUGGGGGUGGUCAAAUCAAACCAAUUUCAGGGCAAUCCGCUAAAGGGCUGAGUCAGUUAUUAGAAUCAGUUUACAUGGAAAAUGUUUUGACAGCAGAACCAUUCGACAACCCCAUUAUUAAAGAUUUAUAUGACAAGUGGCUUGAGCAGCCUGGUUCUGAGAAAGCUAGGAGAUACAUGCAUACACAAUAUCAUGCACUUGAGAAAAACAUCACUUCUCAGUUACAUGAUUGGUGAGGUGUGUUGAAACUUAACUUAUAGUAGUUUCCUCUCAAGGUAAUUUUAUGUUAUUAAACGGAAGAUUACUUUGAUAUAUGUUCUCUGUCUCCUUGUUGGCAUAUUGGAGUGGAGUCAUCCAAUUUUGGUAGUAAACCCGGAUAUCACGUUUGUAAUAGCUAUAAUGUAUUCUCUUACAGUAAUAAUGUAUAGUGUACCUCUGAUUUACACAUAUUUAUUUAGAUAGAAGAAAGAACCACACAAACGUUUGUAAUGGACCCUCCGGACCAUACCUUUUUUUAGGGUCAAUCAAAAGGACGUGCCUUAAAUUUUCA